CCCCCUCCCUCCCGCUCCCGCUCCCCCUCCCCCUGUUUUUUCUUCUCUCUGCAAAAAUCCAAUAAGAAAUCCUAAAGUUUUAGUUUCUGUCUUUUUCGGUGUGCAAUCGAUUCGUAUUUUCCUGUCCGAGAUACUUGAAUCUGUCUGGUUUCUUUUUAAAAAGGAUGAACCUCAGAAUCCCCGGAGCUAGGGUUCUUAUCAGCUCGGGAGCCACUGGUGUGGGCGUGUAGCCAACAAAUUGGUGUUGGUUCUCCAUUUCCUCAGACUAUAUGGCUGAGACGGGAGAUGCAAGUCGCUUGCCAACAUCCCUUGAUGUGCUGGCUUCAGAUGUUCACUCCAGGCUGGAGUUCCACAGGUAUGCCUUCAUGGACUGUGUUGGCAUUAAAAAUGCGCUUCACUGUGUCAUCGAAGAAAGGGAAAACCUCCAGCAACGACAAAAUGCGAUUGACCAACUGGUUGCUGAAAAGGACAGCCUCACUAAAAAGAAUGAAGAGCUCGCAGCAGAGCUUGAAUCUCUGAAGGAACAGCUCCAAGCAAGGGAAUCGAGCGAUCAACAGCAGGGAAGUGGUUUUCAGCAGAGCCACUCUGGAAUGGCACACCCAAGAUUAAUGCUGAAAAGGAAACGGCAAUCUGGAGAUGAAGAUGUUGAUGAGCAUGAGCUUAUGGAAGAUCUUUCCGUUAUAGAUAAUCCUGAUCAAGGUUUAAACACUGAGCUCGAAGCUACUAGAAAGGAAAUUUCUGAUAUCCACUCUAAGCUGAUUGAGGGGUUCGCUGAUCUUAGUACUACUGGAGGAAGGAAUAUCGCCCUAAAAAACAUAGGGCAAUUGGAUGACAGGCCAUUCCUGGCGGCAUGCCGUAAGAAGCUGCCUGCCGAAGAAGCACAAGAAAAAGCUAAAGAAGUACACCGUGUUUGGCAGGGGCAUAUACAGAACCCAGAGUGGAAUCCCUUCAAGACUGUCACAGUUGAAGGUAUCCCGAAGGAGAUUAUCGAUGUCGAUGAUGACAAGCUGCAAGGGCUAUGUGCUGCAUGGGGUGAAGGGGUGCACAAGGCUGUGGUGAGUUGUUUGGUAGAAAUUCAAGAAAGUGGCAGGCUGGGAGAUAGAAACAUUGUACCCGAGGUCUGGAAUUACAAGUGCAAGAGAAAGGCCACUCACAGUGAGAGCAUCGAGUACUUGUUCGGUCAAGUGAAGCGUCUGAGUGACGCGAAAUCCAGAACCCGCAGGAGACUACAAUAGAACCAACAGCUCUGCUCCUAUAAAUCUUUAGUCAGCUGGUGCAAUGCAUUUCAUUAGCCUUUUUAAAUGCAUAAUAGUUGCAUUGGAAGACAUGAUUAGGCUAAAAAAAUACUUUUUGGGAUCUAUGCAGCGCAAGGUGACCUUGUAGAGGUGUGGUGGUGCAACAGGAUGAUGACCCACAGUGGCUAGGUAGAACCUGUCUGAAGGUGAAGAACUGAAGACUGGAAUUGUCAAUGAAUCAUAUCGCAGAACAAUGUUAGGAUUUAUGUGUUAUGUAUCUGUUUGGUACCAUUUAUAACCUCUGGUAGAGUGCCGGUAUUAAGCUUUUGCGUGCAACUCUUUUACCAGCAGAUCAGCUAUGUUUCAGUAAUCUGGUAGACUCGGGUAUCUAGCUUAGUGUGAACUCUGAACUUCGAUAUUUAACGUGCAAGACAUUUCUAUGAA